UUCGAACAUACGAUAACAGCCUCGCUAAGGACAAAGAAUGUUCUCUUCGUACGCAAGUUUAUCUAGUUCUUUUUUAUAAGUAAGGUUUUCCCUCUUCAGUCAACUCUUCAUCUCAAAGAUUCAUAACUAGCUGAACGUUUACCUGGAGGAAUAUAAGAUGGGUCUGGGAGCAAGCCACUGCAAAGGAGUCUGGGCACCAAAAGAAGUCUCUCUGACCACUCUGUCUGUAGCUGCCGUGUAUUCCCUCAUCACGGUGCCUAGUAAUAUGCUAAUUAUCCUAUCAGUUCUUCUUGACCCUAACAAGAGCCUCCGCCGUACACCUUACCUUCUCUUAGUAUUGAACCUAGCCAUAACUGACUUGAUAGUUGGCGCCAUGGUCGAGCCGUUCUCAAUGUACACCCAUGUGAGGGAGGCCGCUCGCUUGUCAAUCAGCUUCUCAUGGCUGUCACAGUUUGUUUACUUUAUGUGCUGUACCGCUUCCCUUCUGAGUUUGUGCAUCCUGACCAUUGACAGGUAUCUGGCCAUUACUUCGCCCAUGUGGUAUCGUGCCAACAUGACCAACUCGAGAGUCGCCCAAGCGUCUGUUUUUAUCUGGCUCUUGUCGUUUGCUAGCAGCGGUUUGCUGUUUGUCACAGGGUUUGUCAUGUAUGCCUUCAUCUUUGCCAUCCUGACGCUUCUCUGCGCGAUUUUCAUUUUGGUGUUUACCUACGUUCGUAUAUUUGUGGUUGUGAAGCAAAAGGUCAAAGAUUUGAAUAACUUGCACCAAGGCGAUACAGAAAGGAAAAAGGCCCAAGAAAGAAACAUGCUAUGGGAGAGAAAGCUCACCAAGACCCACUUGGUGAUGUUGCUGGCGUUCCUGGCCUGCUAUGGUCCAGCAUGCAUCAUGAUUUUCGUGAUGAAUCUGUGCAGCACAUGCAGCUGUCACGUCAUUCACUGGCUCAGAGAUAUGCAUUUUGUGCUGAUCACGUUCAAUUCUUUGAUCAAUCCCUUUGUGUACGCCCUUAGGUUGGCUGGGUUCAGGAUGGCAAUACGUCACUUCUUAAGCUUUUGUUUUUGCUGUAGGAGUGGAGCGGUAGCGUCGUAUAACGAUCAGGAAGCGUCACACACGGCAGAAACUAGCAUUGACCGAUCUAGAACACUGGCUGUAUCUCGGCCAAUACAAAAUGAGUCCUCGUCUGUCGCUUGAUCACCUCGCAUAUCAUAUUCUUACCAACUAUUAUCCAAAGCUCCCAACAGCUUCACGAGUAAAAUCUUCCUCUCAUUCGAUAUCGUUUCUUAAACAGUACAGAGAAGGUUAUAAAGGGGGGAGGGGCUGAUCCUGUUUCAGAUACGAAUUUGAGAAAAAUUUAAUCGGCCAAGUGUGCUUUAAACGGUAUUUCACGCCUUACGAAUUUCAAAGGGAAAACUUCAAAUCUCAAAUCACUUUGCCAUCCUGUAAAAUUCACGCGUCAAAUUAUAAUUUUAAGUCUUAUCAAGCGUCACGUUUAAACCCUUUGCCGCCCUCUGAAGAACGCUUAAGCUCAAAAUCGUUUUCACUGAUUUCUGCCUGCUCCCAAAAUACUCAUGAGACAAAAAAUACGAGGAAAUUUCAAGGUAAACGGAGGUAUUUUCGCUGUUUGAGAAUAUUUAGGAUAGAUCGCCCGUUGACUUUCCCAUUCACUCUGUAUAAAAUGCAUGCCGCGCAAUGUUAUCGUCAUCGAACAGCUUAUUCAGUGGAAGCUCGCAUACUGAACUUGGGAUGCUUGUGGAUUAUGUAAAUAAUAGCAUCCCCGUAUUUACAAAAAUAUACUUAUAUUGUAUUUCCGUGUUCGAAGGUGCAUAAAAAACUAGGGCAGAUACCUAAUGUGGUUUUUAACUAGAAGGACAUCCCGUGAGAAUUCUUGUUUAAGGCAGAGCUUCUCUGAAUUGUUUUAAUCUUGUUGAGUUUCUGGUAACGUACAUGUUAUCUCGGCAAAAUGUAACCAGUAUCAUGCUUACUGAGUCAAUUAAAAAUUGUGCAACCGUCGACAAACAUUUUUGGAAUACCCAUCAAGGGGAAAACGCACCUUACUACGUUUUCAAAAUAUUCCUUCUACAUCAAGAGAUAACUGUACUUUAUACUUAAUGUGUAUAA